AUGAGUCGCAAGUCGCCCAAGACUUUGACCAAGCCCGCUAGAGAGCCAUCAUCGGACAGAGAUGACCCUAAGAAGACUGCUACCUCAAGGAGAUUCGGUUUAUUCUCCAAGAAAUCAAAGCCCGAAUUGGACACUAGAUCUACCGAGAACAACCGGACCACUCGCAAAGGCCCAGCGGCAGGCACCGGCCACGAAGGAUACGGCAAAUAUGCACAGAGAGGAAGAAAGGCAAGCGUUGGAAGCAACACUGGCGUGAGGACGCGGUCGACAAGCACAACACGAAGUGGGGGUCAAUCAGUGACUAGCAGCAAAGGCAGCAUGUCUAGUCGGCCUGAACUCGGCCUUGAUGACUUUCUGUCAAGCAGACUCGAGCCAGUUGUGAUCAGUGGCGGGGGCGUUGAUGGUGCAUCUCUUUCGCGUACUCAGAGCGAGCAGAGCAUGAGCAACAUCAGCGUUACGUCGUCCAUUCUCCCUCGGCAAACCCCACCCACAGCUUCAUCGGCCCAGUCGACGGACUCACUGGUCUCAUAUUCCAGCGACCUCAAGUCUCCAAGCGCCUCUAGCACUGCUUUGGGGUCUACACGGAGCCCGAGUCCUGAGAAGAAGCCAUCGACGAGUCGCCAACAGCCGAAGUCGCGGAUGCCAGUUCCGAAGGGUAAGAAGCAAGCCAAUUAUGAGAAUGCUGGUGCCUCUGAGAGCCAGACAUCGAUAUCAAGCACUCCGUCAAACCUUUCGUCCGCAAAGGUCCCAAAAGCCGGUUCUUUGACGCAGCAACCAGAGGAGAAUGAUAAGGACCUCAAGCAAGUCAGGAAAGCAAAGAGCUCCCGGUGGAAUCUGUUCCAGAGAAGCCGGAUUGAAGAACCAAAACACGACCCUCCCCCUGUCACGACUUCUCAUGCUCAGCUUCAUGCUGCAAUUGCGCCCAUAGCUAAAAGCCGGCCGAUUGCACAUUAUGCGCUUGUGGAUACCGACUCAGAUGAGCUUGAUACCAUCAUUCAUCAGAUAGAGGAUUCGCCGCCCACGGAAGAAGAGCCUGUAGAGCCUCCCGUGGAGGUUCCGGCUCGGCUGAAUAUCCGAAAGAGAGGAGAGUCUAUCCUUCUGCCCUCUCCCCCAAAGAUGCACGGCGAGUUCCAGAAAGAUGGCCACCAGUCUCCGAGAACAGCUAUGUUCAAUCGUAACCUCAUGGAACCUGAGUCUCACAUCAGUCUUGAGCCAGAGCGCCCAAGACGACUGGCCUCCGUGGGGCGCAUUCCAAAAGUCGUCUCCAGGCACGAUAGACAGCACCGGCCAGCCAAUGGUUCUUUCUCCCGGCCUUUCAGUGUUUCCGAGUCACCGUCAGUUCCAGCUCCUGUACCGCCUGGACCUAGUACACAGCCCAAUUUCAAGGACGUGCAAUGGGCUCCAAAGCUCGAUGCUACUUCAAGUCAGCCACGACCCUGGGCCUACGGUUCAAAAGACCACUUCUACACUCCAGCACGGACGGCCCUCGAGCUUCUAACAGGACCGUACUCAAAUGGCGAGUUCAUUCACUUCUCUCCACACAAGGACUCUGUGUCCUCAAGUAGCUCUGGUGCAUUGGCAGCUGUCACUGCGGUGGUUCCUGAGCCCGGUAUGGCCCCGAUGGAAGAUGAGAUUUGGGGUGAGUAUGAUGAUUUGAUCGAUCAUGUUUACUCACCGGAGGAGCCGAAACAGAAGCAGAGGGCUGCAGAUCAACGACAGUCGCGGGAAGAUGAUCCUUUUGAGCUUGCGACAGUGGCAAGUAAAGCUUUGCAAGUCGAGUUGAAUGCCCCCAAUGCACAGUCAUCGUCUUUGAUGCCUGGUGAUGGCUCGGUUCGGUCUAGCCUGGAGUCUACUCGCCUUCGUCGGUCUAGGAUCGUGUCGGCACUGCAUUCCUCCCUCUCGCCUUCGACUCAGCCAUCAUACAGCAAUCUCAUUGCCAGUUAUGGAGGGAUGAAAGAAGAAGAAGAAAAAGAAGAAGAAGGGAAGAGCCCCGCGAACCCUCCACCAGUCCCGACAACUGUGCCGCCAUCUUCUGAAAGAGAUUGGGAUGCUGUCACUCACACGAAUAUGAGAUCUGCUUCUCUGAUGACCAGCCGUUGGUUAUCCUUCGGACGCGUCCUCUUUAGUCCAGCGCACAACCAUGUCAAGACCGGAACCCAUGGCCGCAUUUUGGUCAUUGAUGGUCUCGGCAAUGAUGACUGGUCAUUCUAUUGCUCUUUGACGUACCCUGAUGCCGAGGUCUACAGUCUGAGUGGUCGACCAGUAUCCACUGCAGCGCCUCAUCCUGCUGCAUGGCAGCCACCGACCAAUCAUCAUACUGUCUACCAUGCAGGGCUGCAUAACCCGCUGCCUUUCCCCAAGGACUACUUCACGGCUACCGUUUUGCGGUUCCCAGUUGCUAGCCCUGAAUCUGUCCAGAACAACAUGAUCCAGGAGUGCAAGCGAGUUCUCCGCUCUGGCGGUUACAUUGAGAUGAGCCUCUUAGACCGUGAUAUGAUCAACAUGGGUGUUCGCACGCGCAGGGCUGUUCGUCGGUUGAAGGAAAUGACCUAUCUUGCCGAUUCCUCUAUCAGCCUGAAGCCAAGCAGCGACAACGUUCAGCGUCUUCUUGGAACCCAAGGGUUCGAUAACCUUCGCCGCUGUAUGGUGCGCAUCCCUGUAGCUGGCAUGGUCGUUCGAUCCUCCGAUUCGACCACCUCUUCAUCCAGUCGGUCUCUCCCAACUGCUACGACGUCCUCUCCUGGUUUCGACUUGCCAGCCAUCUCCAUCACUCCCGCAGGCAGCCAGAGUACUCAUACUGCUUCCAAGUCGUCGCCCUCGGACGACACCAACAAGUCCCUUGGAGAUCUUCUCUCCGACCCAUAUCCCUCCGCCGCGAACGACGAGUCUAUUGCCAAGAUUGUGGCUCGUGUCGGUCGCUGGUGGUACACGAAGUGCUACGAGGACCCCGUCCUCCCCGACACUGGCGAUUCCGACCCGAGUAUGUGGAACGACCCGAAGGUCCUUCGCGAAUGUCAGAAGCGCGGCACUGGCUUCCGCAUGCUCAUUGCGCAUGCGCAGAAGCCCAGCGAAGUCAAGCGCCGGACCGCCAGUGUCUAA